AUGCUAUCCAUCAAAUCCCUUUUGAAUCCUCAGCCUGAAAGGCGAUCUCCAUAUCCAUUCCCUGCCCGAGAAAAGCGGCAGAAGAUGGCGAAGGACGCCCCAAUUUUCCGCCGUGGUAAGAUCCAGGGCGAGUGCCGCUAUCCUCCUUGCGAGGAAAGAGACGCAGAGCUGGAGAAGGCUCAUCGAGAGCUCUCGUUACGUCCCCUGGGAAAUAUUGCCGACUAUCCUCGUCAUAUCCCAUAUGCCAGUGACAAGAAAACUUUCCAAGAAAAGACCGGCCGAGACAGUUUCCAUGUCUUUCAAUACACAUUCCAAAUACCUGGCGAAGAGAAGGAAUGGCAUGUUAUGUGGGACUAUAAUAUUGGCAUCGUUCGGAUCACACAUCUUUUCAAAUGCAAUGGCUACUCCAAGGCAAGUCCACAAGACAGCUCUUCUACAGGAUACUGGAUGCCUUACGAAGCCGCCAGAGCCAUGUCAGCAACUUUCUGCUGGAGAAUCCGAUACGCUCUCACCCCACUGUUUGGCACAGACUUCCCAGCCAUGUGCGUCCCCCCAACAGACCGCAAAUCUUAUGGCCGCAUGAUCAUUCCCCCAGAGAUUGUGCAGCGUGCCACCAAUACCUCCAACUACUAUCGUUCUUUGGAAAUGAAGUCCACCACCGCGGCCAGCUCCCCUGCAAUCAACGAGCCGUCCUCAACACAUACCCUUCUCCACGGUAUGGGAUUAUUGAGCCGGAAAGACUCCCUGACACUGCCUCCACUCAAGAUUCCGCGUACCCAGUACAUAGAGAGCAAUCCCAGCGCCCGGGACUCUUCUAUGGAGCCGUACUGCAUGUCACCCAAGAGCCAGUCGCCCAUGUCCACCUUCACUCCCAUCAACCCCCCGCGCAGCUCCAAUGCUUUGCCUCGCUCGCGCGUCGAAUCACCUCGCACUAUUCUCCGUGCUCUCUCAGAUGCUAUGCGGUCGGGGAAUGUUCCCAGAGGUAUCAGUGAAGACAGCGACACCGACAGUGAUGGCUCAUCGAACAUGUAUUCCACUCCAAAUUGUCCUUCUGUAGAUGGCCGUAUGGAAACCGACAAACUCGGCCUCGACGAGCCCAUCAACGGUACCUCAGAGGUGCCUGCUACGCAAAGUGAUUUUGAUGACCUUACCGACUCAGACGAUGAUUGGCAAAUGGACGACACUGAUGAUGAAGACUACCGCGGACCCCCUCUCAGGAGAACCCCUGGUAGAGCUUCGUCUCGGAAGGACGGUUCUACAAGUCCCGCAUCCCAGACUAAGAAGUAUCCCAGCCGGAAAUCCCGAGCUGCACGUCCUCAGUCGUCGCCUCACUUUACUCGUGAGGUCAAGGCUGCUGAAGCUCUUCUUCGUCUGCACAUGAAUGAGCUUGAAAGUGCCGAAACUGAAAACGAGAUGGAUGAUGAUAGCAUGGCAUCGCCUUCCGAAUCUCGCUCUCUUGACGGUGAUGGAUCUCGCAGUCGUAAGCGACGCCGGGCUUCGCUUUGA